AUGAGAAUCAUCGACCGCACUGAGAUGCAGUUGAAAGAUUAUGGAAAUGAUAGACUCCUGGCCCUGCUGUUUGCCAAGAGAUGCUAUUGCUCCCUGACUGGCUGCAGUCAAGCGGAGCAGGCCAGGGAGGCCUUGGAUGCCGCACUGCUGCAUGCUCACCGCAGCGAAGACAAGCAGGUCCAUUUGCGUGUCUACUACGAAGCUGUGAGGCUUUGUCAGCUACAGGGCUUGGAUUCUGAGGUGGAACAGUACCAGUCCAAACUGAUGACUCUUUGCAGCUGUAGUAAUACCCCGCCAUUGUCAAAGGCAGACUGCCACAAGCUUCUUGGUCACAGCCUACUUUUUCGUGCAGAUCGCCGGGCAAUCGCACACUACGAGAAAGCGCUUGAGAUCCACAAGGCCGAAGUUGGAGCCAAGCACCCAUGCACAGCAAAGGUGCUUGCGGCUAUGGGUCCUGCAUAUCGUGAUACCUACGACUAUGGCUCGGAGGGGGCUAGCAUGCUGAAGGUCAUGAAGGCAGCUUUGGAGAUUGAGCAGGCUUCCGGAAAUUCCUUCGACCUUCCCUGGUUUCAUCAGACCAUUGGGCACAUGUACACCUUGCUUCCCCGGCUUGCAGGAGCUGGCUCCUGCUCCGAUGAGCGCUUCCUGUCGUGGCGGCAGAGCGCUCGUGAGCACAUCAGCAAGGCCAAGAUGCUUUUCGAAACCAGUGCGAAGGAGCAGUGUGGGACGACGCAUUUUGCUGGGAGUCUGCGGAUCGAAGCUGAAUACAUUCUUGCGUUCGAGCCAGGCCGGAUUGAGGAAGUGUUCCCGUUGUGUGCGGAAGCCCUGCGGUUGUAUGGUCAUUGUCUCGGCAAGUCAAGCAAAUCUCCUUAUGUAGCUCGAGUGCAUGUGGUUGAAGGCUGGGCAUGUCUUCAGAAGCAGAACAUGGCCAAACAAGCGAUCAUUUGCUUUGGGAAGGCUCUGACCAUUCUCCACAGUGAAGCAAGCGUCCGUGUUGCGGACAUUCACUACUGGCUGGGUCAUUCCCAUGCAUUGUUGCAAAACCUCGAAACUGCAGAGCAUCAUUUCAAGGCAUCGUUGCAUCUCCUGGGCGAGCUUCCCUCCGACCAUUCGCAGGUGUUUUGGCAGCAGGCAUGUCAGUCUGAACUCGACGAGGUGGAGGCUCUUCAUCGCGGCUUAUUGAAAAUUAAGUCACGAUUGAUGACAACCAGCAGGUUUCUCCUGUUCACGAAGAUACUCAUCUGCCAGGUUCUCGGUUUGAAGCGGGCUGUAUUGCUGUUUGUAGUUUUCCCGAUUCUGUUGAUUGGCCUGCACUACAUCCUGCCUUUCUUCGAAAGCAUGCUCUUGUGCUCGGUUGUCCUGGUGACACGACACCCGCGCAAGUUCGUGGAGGUUUGCAAGCUUCUACUCUACCUUCCACUGAUGCUGCGCAGCACAGAAGGUACAAGGUCGCUCACCUUUGUGGAGGUCAGCCCUGGAGAUACGGAGAUUGGUUUCAAAGAGAUGUGCAACUACGUGGACCUGGAAGGCCACCUGAGGACACAUGGUGCAGUCUUGUUCCGGGGCUGGUUUUCGAGUCCAUCCGGUCCGGCAUUUCAGCAAGCCACUGACAUAUUGAUGGGGAGGCUGCGACUGACAGAGCACAUGUUUGAAGGUGGGUACAAUCCCCGGAUUUUGGUGCAAGGAACGCGCUGCAUUUUUUCACCCAAGUCGCCCUUGGUCUGCGAAGAGGAAGCAGUCAGCAGCAUCAGUGAAGGUUUGGCAGAAAGUGUUGGCUGCAUUUGGGACUCCUCGUACUGGCGCAAGUACGUGGAUUCUCAUCACACGGAGAUGGCUUACUCAGCAGACAAGCCAGAUCUCUUUGCCCUUUAUAGCCAGAAGGUCCCGAAGGUAGGUGGCGGGAUCAUGCUGUCAGACGAGUGCCACGUGUUGGAGUGCUUGAAACGACAUCCUCUCGGGAGGGCUGUCCUGAGCCAUGUGGAGCUGGACAAUUUUGUGUUGCAUGAUUUCCUUCCAGAAGACGGACCAUUGGUCAGUGGCAUCAUCUCUGCGAAGCAGUAUUUUGCAGCUUCCCCGUUGCACAAGAGGCAUGGAGAUGUCUCGGAACAAGACCGGGAUGCGUUCCUGGCGCGGUGCUGGGGCGACACUCCCGAACAGCGAAGCGCAAUCAUCGAAAAAAACGGUUACGAGCUACAAUCGAUCGUCCCUGUGGCUGCAGGGCAUGCUUCAUCCCAGCUCGGCUGGAUGUCUGACUGGGUUCAAGCUUCCUUUGGCCUGGUGGUGCUUCUGUUGGUGUGGCAGUUUGUGGACAGUCCCCGUCUUGCCCUUUUGUUGCCCAUGUGCUUACUUCUUAGGAGCCUUGUGAAUGGACAGACUGGCAAGACUUUCAUGGAAGCCAACACGAAGAGGACACGACUUGUUAGCAAUGCCAUCAAGAUUGAGAGGACCUUGCAAGGCUCAACAGAUAGGCGUGCCUUGGGCUUCUUUGCCCCUUUCUAUGGAGCUGUGUACAAAGACACGCAGCAGGAGCCAAGCACUAUGGAUAAGACGAUUGUCGCAAUCGCCCACUGGCUUGCAUCAUCUCACAUCGCCAUUCAGCUAGGUGACAUUGUGCUGGUGGAUAACAAUCGUGUGGCCCACACGCGCGGCUUACCAUUUGUUGGAACACGGGUUGUGUACUCUGCACAAUUCAGACGGCAGAGGUGA